CCGGAAGUCCGGGGCACGUGACCGGGUGACAGCGCUCGUUGGGCUGCAGGGCUCGCUUUAGGUGUUGCGGCACGGGAUGGCGGAGGCGCCUCCCGUCUCAGGUACUUUUAAAUUCAGUACGGACGCUGCUGAGUUCAUUCCUCAGGAGAGAAAAAAUUCUGGUCUAAAUUGUGGGAGUCAAAGGAGACUAGACUCUAAUAGGGUUGGUAGAAGAAAUUACAGUUCACCACCUCCCUGUCAGCUUUCCAGGCAGAUCCCUUAUGAUGACAUCUCUGCUGUUCAUCAGCACGGUUAUCAUCCUUCAGGAAGCAAACCUAAGAGUCAACAGACUUCUCUCCAGUCCUCUGCUUCUCAUAAAUCACUCAAGAGCCAUGGCCUUCAGAGUCAACCCUGGCAGAAGGUGAAGAGUGAAAAGCAGCAUGUCAGAGUCAAGAGAGCACAGAGUCUCACUGAGCAGGCCUCAGAUGCAGCCAUCCUAGAGAGCGUGGCCGGGUCAGAGAGUGGGACAAACCCCAGAGAGCACAGCCCUGCUGAGAGUGAGAAGGAAAUUGUUGGCGCAGAUCCCAGGGGAGCAAAACCCAAAAAAGCAACCCAAUUUGUAUACAGCCAUGGUAGAGGACCAAAAGUGAAGGGGAAACUCAAAGGUGAGUGGGGUAACAGAAUGACUCCAAAACCCGAGGAUGGCGGACCUGAGAAUACCAAACCCGUGGGGGUCAGCCCCCCUGACUCUUCGGAUACAUCCGUUAGAAAAGGAGUAUUGGACGGGUAUGGGGCCAGACGCAACGAGCAGAGAAGAUACCCACAGAAGAGGCCUCCUUGGGAAGUGGAGGGGGCCAGGCCACGACCAGGCAGGAAUCCGCCAAAACAAGAUGGCCAGCGACAUACAAAUGCAGGACCCAGAAACAGCAUGGCCCCCAUUCCAAAGGAUAAUCUCAACGAAAGACCAGCAAAAUCUGCCUGUGACAAUGGGAACUUGGCAGUCGUCAGCAAGUCUUCCAGAAGGGUUGACCGAGAGAAAUGCACUGUAAGGAGGCAGGAGCCUCAAGUAGCAUCUUUCCCCCGAGGCAAACAGAACCACGUGCUGAAGAACGUGGAAACGCACACAGGUUCUCUAACUGAACAGCUAACUACAGAAAAAUAUGAGUGCAUGGUGUGCUGUGAACUGGUUCGCGUCGCUGCGCCGGUGUGGAAUUGUCAGAGCUGCUAUCAUGUGUUUCAUCUGAACUGCAUAAAGAAGUGGGCGAGGUCUCCGGCAUCUCAAGCAGAUGGCCAGAGUGGUUGGAGGUGCCCUGCCUGUCAGAAUGUUUCCGCACAUGUUCCUAAUACCUACACCUGUUUCUGUGGCAAGGUAAAGAAUCCUGAAUGGAGCAGAAAUGAAAUUCCACAUAGUUGUGGUGAGGUUUGUAGAAGGAAACAGCCUGGCCAGGACUGCCCACAUUCCUGUAACCUUCUCUGCCAUCCCGGACCUUGCCCACCCUGCCCUGCCUUUAUGACUAAAGCAUGUGAAUGUGGACGGACCAGGCACACAGUUCGCUGUGGUCAGGCCAUCUCCAUCCACUGUUCUAACCCAUGUGAGAAUGUUUUGAACUGUGGUCAGCACCACUGUGCUGAGCUGUGCCAUGGGGGUCCGUGCCAGCCUUGCCGGAUCGUACUGAACCAGGUGUGCUACUGUGGCAGCACCUCCCGAGAUGUGUUAUGUGGAACAGACGCAGGAAAGUCUGAUGGAUUUGGGGACUUUGGCUGUUUAAAGAUAUGUGGCAAGGACUUGAAAUGUGGGAACCAUACGUGCUCUCAAGUGUGCCACCCUCAGCCCUGCCAGCUCUGCCCACGGCUCCCCCAGCUGGUGCGCUGUUGCCCCUGUGGGCAAACUCCUCUCAGCCAGUUGCUAGAACCUGGAAGUAGUGGUCGGAAAACGUGCAUGGAUCCUGUCCCUUCGUGUGGAAAAGUGUGCGGCAAGCCUCUGCCUUGUGGUUCCUUAGAUUUCAUUCAUACCUGUGAAAAGCUCUGCCAUGAAGGAGACUGUGGACCAUGCUCUCGCACAUCAGUCAUUUCCUGCAGGUGCUCUUUCAGGACAAAGGAGCUUCCAUGUACCAGCCUCAGAAGUGAAGCAGAUGCUACAUUUAUAUGUGACAAGCGGUGUAACAAGAAACGGUUGUGUGGACGGCAUAAAUGUAACGAGAUAUGCUGUGUGGAUAAGGAGCACAAGUGUCCUUUGAUUUGUGGGAGGAAACUCCGUUGUGGCCUUCAUAGGUGUGAAGAACCAUGUCAUCGCGGGAAUUGCCAGACGUGCUGGCAAGCCAGUUUUGAUGAAUUAACCUGCCACUGUGGCGCAUCAGUGAUCUACCCUCCAGUCCCCUGUGGUACCAGACCCCCUGAGUGUACGCAGACCUGCGCCAGACUCCAUGAGUGUGACCAUCCAGUUUAUCAUUCCUGUCACAGUGAGGAGAAGUGCCCCCCGUGUACUUUCCUGACUCAGAAGUGGUGCAUGGGCAGACAUGAGUUACGAAGCAACAUCCCCUGUCACCUGGUCGAUAUCUCUUGCGGAUUACCCUGCGGCAGCACGCUACUGUGUGGGAUGCACAAGUGUCAGAGACUCUGUCACAAAGGAGAGUGUCUUGUGGAUGAGGCCUGCAAGCAGCCCUGCACCACCCCCAGAGCUGACUGUGGCCACCCGUGUAUGGCACCCUGCCACCCUAGCUCACCCUGCCCUGUGACUGCUUGUAAAGCCAAGGUAGAGCUGCAGUGCGAAUGUGGACGAAGGAAAGAGAUGGUGAUUUGCUCUGAAGCAUCCAGUACUUAUCAAAGAAUAGCUGCUAUUUCCAUGGCCUCUAAAGUAACAGACAUGCAACUUGGAGACUCCGUGGAGAUCAGCAAGUUAAUUACGAAGAAGGAAAUUCACCAAGCCAGGCUGGAGUGUGAUGAGGAGUGUUCAGCCUUGGAAAGGAAGAAGCGUUUAGCAGAGGCAUUUCAUAUCAGCGAAGAUUCUGAUCCUUUCAAUGUACGUUCUUCAGGGUCAAAAUUCAGUGACAGCUUGAAAGAAGAUGCCAGGAAGGACUUAAAGUUUGUCAGUGACAUUGAGAAGGAAAUGGAAGCCCUUGUGGAGGCCGUGAACAAGGGGAAGAAUACUAAGAAGAGCCACUGCUUCCCUCCCAUGAACAGAGACCACCGCCGGAUCAUCCACGACCUGGCCCAGGUGUACGGCCUGGAGAGCGUGAGCUACGACAGUGAGCCGAAGCGCAACGUCGUGGUCACUGCAGUCAGAGGGAAGUCCAUUUGUCCUCCUACCACGCUCACGGGUGUACUCGAAAGGGAAAUGCAGUCCCGUCCUCCACCACCAAUUCCUCAUCACAGACAUCAGACAGACAAGAAUCCUGGGAGCAGUAAUUUACAGAAAAUAGCCAAGGAGCCAGUAAUUGACUACUUUGAUGUCCAGGACUGAGGGGAUCAAGAUGCACUCAGAUGAAAGAGUGAUUAGGUGUGGGGCAGGCUCAUUUGCCGGCGGAUAAGUCGUGCUUGUUCCAACUGCCUGGGGGACUGACAGCAUCGCCUCCUGUGUCGGACGGACACAUCCAGAGCCCGAGUGUGUCAGAGUCCCCUUGUCCUCCCUUCCCUUUGUAUAAAGUGUUUCCAUGCAGCCA